UGACGGGAGAAAACGGGAUGACAGAGAAAUAGACCAGUAUUGGUGAAAGGUUCGCGAGUUUCGGUGUUGUUUUUUCGGCACCUUUAAAAAUCUGUCCUGUUUAAAUAUACUAUAUAGCCACGCGCGUGUUGACAGGGUGAUAUUCGUUUGUUUUGCUUUGAGUUAUCUGUUAAAUUUUUUUUUUCCGGCAAUAAAAAAAUCAUCGUCCGCAUUUCACGGUGUCCAAUGUACAAUAAUUGUCCUGUAAAUCAGUCGCGGACGUUUUACACUUUUGUUUUCCCAUAGUGAUGAAUAUCAUUUUUUAAAAUAUUUUUUUGCCACCGAAUAAACGGUUGAUAAACUUUUCAUAAGAGUGAAAAAAAAAUAUCGGUGUUGACAAAAUAAGUGUUCAAGGGGUGGUCAGCAUGCACCCGUUCUAUAAUGCGUAUGGCAGUGGUGGGAACGUUGAACACCUGUAUGAUGACAAUUGGGUAGCGCCACCAACCAAUACACCGAUGAAGGAUAUUGAAGCAUGUUUAGAAACUGUAUCGAGUACAAAUAUACAAGCAAUUAAAUCAACUUCUCAUCAGUCAUAUUUAUCACCAGAUAGAAAAAGAUUAGAUGUAGUGACCAACAGUCAAGAACAUCCAAAACUUUCUGGAGUAGGAGCCGCGUUAGAAAUGAAACAUUUAUGGGAAGAGUUUAACGAGCUCGGUACAGAAAUGAUCGUCACCAAAGCUGGCAGAAGAAUGUUCCCUACAUUCCAAGUCCGAUUGUAUGGUUUGGAUCCAGUAGCAGAAUAUAUGCUUAUGAUGGAUUUUGUUCCUGUAGAUGAUAAGAGAUAUAGAUAUGCAUUUCAUAGUUCAAGCUGGGUGGUCGCUGGUAAAUCGGAUCCUAUAUCACCCCCUAGAGUACAUAUUCAUCCAGAUUCACCGGCGUCUGGAGGACAGUGGUUGAAACAAGUCGUGUCAUUCGAUAAACUAAAGUUGACCAACAAUCAAAUGGACGACAAUGGGCAUAUUAUCCUUAAUUCAAUGCAUCGGUACCAACCCAGAUUCCAUGUACUCUACAUUCCAGGAAGAGAUGAAGGCUCUUCAAAUUCCACAAACAAUUUUAAAACAUUUAUGUUUCCAGAAACCAAAUUUACAGCUGUCACUGCUUAUCAAAACCACAGGAUAACACAGUUAAAAAUUGCUAGUAAUCCAUUCGCAAAAGGAUUCAGAGACUGCGAGACUGAAGAAUGUGGCCCUAUGUCUAUUGAUAGUGAACCACAAGCCGCCAAUAAUAAAUCGCAAUGCAAAAAAAAUGUCACUGGAAUCCAUAACAACAAUAAUUGCGUUCAGUUCCCAAAUAAAGAAUCAACAGGAAGUUUGGGUGUGAUGGAGAACAUGUACAACAGCGACAGUUCGUCAUCUGCUUCGCCGCCACACAUGUCCGCGCACGGUCAACACCAAAUGCCUCUGAAUGCAACCACAGCGGCGACCACCGCAACCGUACCGGUCACGCCUUACCUGAGUCAAGUGUGCAAUUACGGGCCAAUAUUCGCGUCGUCUGCGUAUGCACAUCAUAACUACUCGCCGUUUCACGGAUAUGACAGACUACAUCAAAAGAAUUCUAACACUGAAAUAGCGACCGGAUACCACAUGUCUUACCAGCAUCAUUACCACCAUAGACCUUCCACGUUUCAUGGAGCUCAAAAAACAUCCAAUACAUAUUUGCAAAAUGAUUACGCGCCCAGGUAGAACGCGUUAUCGUCGAAACAGUAACUAAUUAGAGUAAUAUCUAUCCUUAUUAAUGUACAUAUAUUAUGUAUAAUAGGUAUUUGUAAUUAUUAAGUCUUAUAAAAUCAAUUUAGAUGGAAUUAAAAUGUGUAUAUAAUAUAUUUAUAAAUUAUAAAUCGGAAUUGUAUACUUGCGUAAAUACGAUAUAGAGAAUUAUAACGUCUAAUUAAUUUUAUUUUAAUUACCACAAUUAAAACUGUUAAUAAAACAGAAAAGACACAAAUGACGGUUGUUUGAAAAUGUAAUUAAUAAUAAUUAAUAGUUUUAACUACCUACUAUAAAUUAUAGGUUUUAACUAUAUAAGAUUAAGUAAGUUCCAGAUUUCAAACUAUGUAUUUUCUAUCGUGUUAUUAUUAUAAUUAAAUUAUUAGUGUAGUAUAGAUA